AUGCAACGAAAUGACCCCGACUGGCCGUGCAUCGGCCACUGGAGCCUCAUUGUUACGCCGUUGAUCGGUCGGCAAUCCAUGACCACCCGCAAGUCUCCAUUGCUUUUGAGAGGGAAUUUGGUGUAUGCUCCCCAUGAGUUGUUGCCUGGUACGAUCCAUCCGACCGCCUCCAUCUCCGGUAGGAUUCGGCCAGCAAACUCCCUCAUCCGUGGUGUAUAUCUUGGCUGCUUGAGUCUGUUAGGGAAUGACCCCGGGCAACACGUUGACCGUGUGUUGGAUCAGAUCUGUCGCCUUUGUGUCCGCCAACUAUGGUACACCGCGAACACAUCUCGCCAGGUGUAUGCCAGUCGUGCCGCUUUUUCCCUCUGCUUUCUGGAAGGGUUGGGCGACUUUUUGAAGCCGGCCCGCAAGGGCAAUGGCCCUCUCCCCGCCGCCGCCAGUCCUUCCUCUCAUCUUUCCCGGGCUCCAUCCUCUCCUCUCCGGGCUCCUCUCCCCGCAGCUGCCGCCAACCUUUCCUCCUUUUUCCCACCUCCGUCCUAUCCUUCUGUUCCGCUGCCGGCCUGGUCUUUGCGAAAGCAUCCUCGCCAGGACGACGAGGAUCAUGAGGAUGAUGAGGAAGAGGAGCAAUAG